AUGCACCAGCACUGCACCAGCACAGCACCAGCAAAAGAUCCAGCAGUAAUUCAGGCACUAGCACAAUUGCCGGCACUGUCCCAGGCACCAGAACAAGCACCAGCACAAGCACCAGCACAAGCAUCAGUUCCAGCAUUGGGACAGGCACCAGCACAAGCGCCUGCACUGGCCCAAGUAACGGCCAAAGCACAAGCAGCAGCAACAACACCAACACCAGCUCAAGCACCAGCACCAGCACCAGCACAAGCACUUGCACUGGCCCAAGUUUCCGCUACGAGUACAAGCACAAGCACCAGCACAAGAAACAGCACCAGAAUCAGUACCGGCACCAGUACAAGAAAGAGCAUAAACACCAGCACAAGAACCAGCACAAGCAUCAGCACCAGCACGAGCAUCAGCACUGACACCAGUACAAGGACCAGCAUAAGAAGCAGCACAAGCAUCAGCUCAAGCACUAGCAUCAGCAUCAGCACCAGCACCAGCACCAGCAACAACACCACCACCACCACCACCACAAGCACCAGCAGAAAGCAGCAGGACAGCUACAAAGGACAGGCAAAAGCGCCAGCAUCUGCAAAACCAAUGGCACAAGCACACGCACCAGCACCAGCAGCAGCACUAACACCACCACAAGCACCAGCACAAACCUAUGCACCAAGACAGGCCAAAACGCCAGCACCAUCACUAACACCAGCACCAGCAGAGGCACCAGCACCAGUACCAUCACCAGCUCUAGCACCAGCACCACAGCAGCAGCACCACCAGCACCACCACCAGUACCAGAACAGGAAAAAGCGCCUGCACCAGCAAAAGCAAUGGUACAGGUACCAGCACAAGCACAAGCACCAGUUCCAGCAUAAGCCACAGCACCAUUACCCGCACCACCACCAGCACCAGCAGCAGCCUAAACACCAGGACAGAAAGAAGGACCAGCACCAGCACAAACACCAGCACAUGCACCCGCACAUGCACCAGCACUGCACCAGCACAGGCACCAGCACAGGCACCAGCACCCACACCAACACCACUACCAACACCAGCACCAGCACUAGAAAAAGCACUAGGACAGGCACCAGCCUAAGCACCAGCACCAGCAAAAGAUCCAGCAGUAAUUCAGGCACUAGCACAAUUGCCGGCACUGUCCCAGGCACCAGAACAAGCACCAGCACAAGCACCAGCACAAGCAUCAGUUCCAGCUCUAGUACAGGCACCAGCACAAGCGCCUGCACUGGCCCAGGCACCGGCACUGGCCCAGGCACCGGCAGAAGCCUCAGUAUCAGCACCAGCACCAGCGCCAGCCUAAGCUCCAGGACAGGCACAAGCGCCAGCCCCAGCAUCAGCACAAGCAACGGGUCCAGCAGAAGCACCAGUACUAGCACCAACACCAGCACAGACACCAGCACCAGCACCAGCACCAGCACUAGCACCAUCACCAGCACCACCACCAGCACCAGCCACAGCACCAUCACAGCAUCAGCCCAAGCACCGUCCCAGGCACCAGCACAAUCACCAGUACAAGCACCAGCAAGAGCACCGGGUCCACCAGAAGCACCAGCACCACCACCACCACCAGCAACAGCACCAUCACCAGAAGCAGCAUCACCACCAGCAUCAGCAACACCACCAGCAUCAUCCUAA